CUUGGUAGUUGUAAAGUCCCGAUUUCUCUGCUGCAGCCCGUUGUCUCGCCUCGAAUAUAUAGCGGAAUCAGAGUCGUCUGUCUAUCUCCUCCAUCGACCACCAUGAUGUCCGUCCGCUCUCUCCUCGGUGCCUCGACCGGCGCCCUCCGCCAGCUCCUCCCCUCCCUCUCCCGCAAACCCGCCGGUCUCCUUUCGCGGUCGUUCUCGCAAUUGGCCAAGCUUCCCUUCAGCAAUGGUCUUCGUCUGCUGCGCUCCGGACAGCAGACCGGUGUGGCCAGCGCGUCUCUGCGACAGGUCGAGCAGGUCCGCGGCAUGAAGACGCGGUCUUCGGUCAAGCGCCUGUGUGAUGGAUGCAAGCCUGUCCGGAGAAAGAACCGUGUCUAUAUCAUCUGCUCGAAGAACCCCAAGCACAAGCAACGUCAAGGCAAAUAAGCGGGACGCGCGAAGUCAUCUGUACUCAGAAGCUUGACAGCACCCGGUGGACAAACUGUCUUCUCGAACCGAUCUUCUCCUGGGUUCUGACACGACGGCGGCGGAAAGGGUGCACGGGCAAUUGCAUUGUACGGUAUGAGGGUCUCAACCGGAAGCGAAAAUGGCGGGGUGCGAGAUUUGUUGUGGAUAACAGGCUAUCAGGGGUCUUGUUGAUAUUGGCAAGAACCGUGCAUAUUCAUCAUGGGAUACGACCAACUGGUUGGUUUAGGCGCUUUUUUCUUCGUUGCAUUUUCUGCAUGUACAUUAAUUGGGAUUAUACACUUCA